AUGGUGAUUGAAAAAGACCUUGGUUUACCAUAUGUUGUAUGUGCAGUCAAUGCCGUCGGUGCAUUCGCCUCCGGAGGAGUUCGGAUGUCCGGGUUUGCUUAUUUCUACGAUAAUUUCCGCCAAUUUCGUGCAUUCUUGGACAAGAGUUUGAAGUUUCAAAGAGAUAGCUGCGAAGCGCAGCGCAUUCGCAGAGAGCAUUACGAAAGUAACCAAAAGUUUACCGUAUUUAUGUUCAGUGCGGGAUUUUCGGCCAUAUUUAUUUGGAACAUGACAGACUAUCGAGCGACCGAUCAGUACCGAAUUCCUUUCGAGCUAGCUUACUUGGAUCCGCCGGUUAAAGCAACUGUCGAGACAGUUUUCGGAUUAUAUCUACUACAACUUGCAGCUUACUUUUGGAUUCCUUUCAUUACGACUAGGGUAACGAUGAAGAUACUUCGAGCUGAGCUGAUGGUGGUGAAUAUGGCUUACGAAGGGCUACUUCGUAGCGCUGUAAAAAACAGCAAGCUUUCGUCGACACUCGUUGCAACUACAUCUACGUCUAACUUGGAGCAGAUAGAAAAACGGUUAUUCUGGAUGUGCUUGGAGCGAGAGUUACGUACUAUUGUGGCGCAUCAUAGAGAACUGCUGAACAAUAUAUAUCGAAUUCGCAACUUAGCGAGUUGGUCGUUUUUAGCUGAAGUAUUUGCCAGCGUAUUGAUAGCUUCGAUUGGUGUCUUUAUGUUCAUACUUCUCAGAGAAGAAAGUCUGAUGCUGGUCGGGAUUUCGUGUUUGGUUAUGUUGGAGAGCUACUAUAACAGUUUGUUGGUUGAGGACCUGGAGGAUACGCACUCGGCUACCAAGGAUGCUCUCUAUCGGCUUGAAUGGCCUACUUUGUUACAGUACGAUCGAAUGUACGAUAGAGAAUACAAAUGCAUCCGUAGAACGCUACUGAUUGUGAUGAUGAGAUUUCAGGAAAGGCUGCAUUUUCACUGUGGCGGUUUGUUCGAAAUGUCCAUGAAGAUAUUCUCGGCUACAGUGAAGACAUGCUACACCAUUCUUACGUUUUUGAUGCGAGUUCAAGGAUUUUAAACCCAUUUUAAAUAUGCUUAUUGUUACGACAGUUAAUACAACAUUUAAACAAGAUUCACACAGUAACUCAGUAGCUAAGAGUUUUAUUAAGUAGUGAUAAAGCUUUCAUGUUUAUAAAUUACCAACAGUGAGAAUAUAAAGUUGACAAAAUAUGCUGAACAUGACUAUUUUUAGGUGUGUUCGACCUGCAAUAUGAACAUUUAUUACGCAUGUCGAUAUGUGUUGAUGUGAAAUUAAUAUGUUUAUGCAA